AUGGUAAAAAUAGCUGUGAUGAGCGGUAAGGGAGGAGUGGGAAAGAGCUCGGUGUCCAUAAUGCUGAGUGUUGCACUUUCUGAGAUGGGAAAGACUUUAUUGCUGGAUUUUGAUCUGUGUGGACCUAGUGUAGUGUGUGGACUAGGCGUUAGAGGAAUUGUUCGAAAAGCAAGCAAGGGAUUUGUUCCAGUUCAAGUUACAGACAAUUUGUAUGUUCUAUCCAUGGGAUUGAUGAUGAAUGACACUGACACAGUUAUAUGGCGAGGACCUAAAAAGAUGCAUAUGUUGUCAAUGCUGUAUGAUUCCAUAGAUGAAUUUGAGAAUGUUGUGAUUGACAUGCCUCCAGGAUUAUCUGAAGAGCAUGGGUUUUUGAGAUCGAAGGACAUUUGGGCAUUGAUUGUUACAACACCACAAGAGGUUUCACUACAUGAUUGCUCACGUGCAAUUGACUUCUGCAUGCAGAACGACAUCUGUAUUCUUGGCCUGGUCGAGAACAUGAGUGGAUAUCGUUGUGAGUGUUGUGGCGCAAUCACAAACAUUUUUGGAUCGAAAGGAGGACAAAGACUGGCCGAAAGCAUUGGAAUCCCAUUUUUAUGCACACUAGAAAUAGAUCCUAUAUUGUGUAAAGCAUUGGAUGAUGGAGUAUUUGCUAACACAAACAGAUCAUUGGGAUCAUAUGUGAAGUUUAGAGACACAAUAACAAAAGUAAUAGAUCAUGUAAUUGAUAAGAUGAUUUAA